AUGGGAGACAAACUCCACUCCUGACGCGCGUGUCGCUCACCUGGCGACAUUUUCAUUGAUUUUUUUUCUUCUUUUAUUAUUUUUCUUUGACAUUUCUGGCGCUCCUUCUGAAAGAAAACCCUGCUAUUUUCUUGCUUUGGGGUGAUUUGGGAGUGCAGCAGGAGGUGAACGUCUUCUGCAGGCUGUAUUUCUGAAAGUGUGGUUCAGCGUUGGCUGUGAUUCUCAGUGUUUUGAGGAAGGAUUUGAGGAUUUGAGUCAUGGCAGAGGAGUGAGGCGCCUUUGCCAAAAUGCCUGUUAGCUGGAAUAUAACUUUUCCACGGCGGUCCUAUGGAAUAUAGUCCGAUAUUACACAGUCUACAUGUUGUGCCAUCAUCCCACGUGAAAAACAAACUCUUUGUGUUCUGCAUAAUGCUGACCCUUUGGGUGUACAUGAUUUAUUGUUGUGUUGGCUACUGCUCCACGAUGCCAAACGUGGCGUGGGGCUCAGUGAGCAGCAGACACGAAAACGACGCAGAAGUUGACAAUCAGGAGUCCUCAGUCGGGGCGUCCAGGGACUUACUGAAUAACGAGAACGAUUUGGACAGCAGAGGAGAGGACUGGGAUGAAAUUAAAGGCGAGGCGAAGGCGUUGGAUGAUAAUGCCAUGUCAGGUUUCUUCAACGAGUCGGAAAGUAAGAAGUUGCCCCAGGCGAUCAUCAUCGGGGUGAAGAAAGGAGGGACCCGGGCGCUGCUGGAGUUUCUGCGCCUGCAUCCGGAUAUCAGAGCGGUGGGAGCGGAGCCGCACUUCUUCGACCGCAACUACGACAAGGGGCUGGAGUGGUACAGGGAACUGAUGCCAAAGUCCUCAGAUGGCCAGUUGACCAUGGAGAAGACCCCAAGCUACUAUGUCACCAAGGAGGUCCCAGCUCGAAUCUACACCAUGUCUAAAGACACAAAGCUGAUUGUAGUUGUCCGGGAUCCCGUCACCCGGGCCAUCUCAGACUACACCCAGACUCGCUCUAAGAAGCCAGACAUCCCUUCAUUCGAGAGCCUGACCUUCAAGAACAUGUCAUCGGGUUUGAUUGACACCACGUGGAGCGCCGUUCAAAUCGGCAUGUACGCCAAGCACCUUGAGCGCUGGCUCCAGUACUUCCCCAUGGAGCAGCUGCUGUUUGUAAGCGGGGAGCGCCUGAUUAGUGACCCCGCAGGUGAGAUGGCUCGUGUCCAGGACUUUCUUGGGCUCAGGAGGGUGGUCACAGAGAAGCAUUUCCACUUUAAUCCGGCAAAAGGCUUCCCAUGCCUUAAGAGACCUGAGGGGAACAGCAAGCCGCACUGCCUGGGCAAGACCAAAGGCAGGACCCAUCCUAAUAUUGACCCAGAGGUGGUGCAGAAGCUAAGGGACUUUUACAAACCCUUUAAUAGCAAGUUUUACCACAUGACAGGUCAUGACUUUGGCUGGGAUUGAGAGAAAACCAAUGAUGACGGACUGAUAUGGUCCCUUGUCUGUGUUUUUUAUAAUUCUACCACUCUGGAGAUAUUGUUAUACAGUGUAUGUACAGUAUUUGGUGGAUGUGUAAAAAUUCAGAAGUCUAUUUUAUGAUAAUUUAUUGUUAUGAUAUUAACUCACUAAGCUGCCUAACUAGAUUACUUAUGAUCCACUCUUUGUUCCUGUUUGAUUUCUCAUCAGGUAUUUGAACAUUUUUCUAAAAGCACAAUGUUUUUACGGGUACUUCGAGCAGGGUCAGUUUGCCCCAUUUUUCCCAGCAGGAGAAUUUUUACGGCUUCAUUUGGAUAACCACCUCCUCUUUUUUUGCUCCUCCAAAACCUCUUCUGCUUCACCUUAAAAACGGAAUGAGACCCAACUUUACAAACAACUGGUAAUAUCCCCUUAACAUUUGCUUGACCCUUAAAGGUCUGUGGACCCACUUAGCAAGGUCGAUACAGGCCUCAGCUGAUCCAGUGCCACUUGCCAGGUGGAUCAAUACAGUAAUAGCUCCUCAUCAUGUCAAUUAGACCUGAGUGAUGGCACUGCCUGGAUCUCUUGAGCAUUGCAAUAAAACAUGGAUCCAUUAAUGGCAGUUACUUUAUGACUGACCCUUGAGCCAACUUCAGGUUAAUAUAAUAAUACAAAUUUCCACUGCAAUAUUUUGACUUAACCACUAUUUAUACCGUUUCUAUAAAGGAAUGCUGUUUAGGAUCAAAUAGAGUCAUGUCACGAUACUGUAGGGAGUUUUUUAUCUGAGAUUUAAAAAAAAAAGAAACCUGCUGUUUUAGCUUCAUAGCACAUAAUCAUUCACAGCUCUUUCCAAAAAGGACUCAAAUGGCUUAAUCGCAUUCAUAGAUAUGCACUGGCUCCCAUUUAUCAUCUAGUUUUGCUUUACAACACGUCAUGAAACUUUAAUUUUAACUUGGAUACAAUACAAGUAAAAUCAAACAUGUUUAGAACCAUAGCAACAAAAAUUAAAGUCCUUGGCACCCAGAAUUGGGAACUUUUUUUACUUUCAGUUAGUAAAAGAUGCAGACACAUUACUGUACACUAUUUAAUUAGCAAAAUCCAUUGCCAACCUUUUAGUACCAAUAUUUUGCCAAUGCAUUUCUGCAAAUUAAAGUGUGCUGGAGAAUGCCUGCUUUUUUGAUGUUUUCAUUCCUCUCCAAAGCAUCUUUGUCAUGAAAAAGAUGUAAUUCCAGAUGCUAUGAACCCUUAAAAUAAUAAAGACUGUAAUGUUUUCAUACCAGUCAUAUCAAACAUUUCCAGCGAUUGCUGAAGAGAAUACAAAUAAACACACCAAGGGCCAAAAAUUCCUCAUUAAAUUCCAUGUUUGGCUGAGUUUUAUUCAGCCCUAACAAACACACAUUGUCAACAUUUUAACAGACGUCAUUCUAAUGAUGUGCUGCAACCCCGCUGUUGUAGAGGCACUAUUUUGCUGUAUGCAUCGCUUUACAAAUAUGAAAAUGAAGCAGGUUUGACUGAGAAGUUGAAUUAAAUGCAGUCAUGUUGUUUUUAUGAAGAAAUAAAUAAAUAUGUUUUACCAAAA